AUGGUGAAAAGGAACCGUAUUGAUGACAUUGAAACCUUUAGACGAAAGAAUCAAGAGGAAGAAGCUCUUGUUAGAGAUGCUAUGGAAGAGGUUAAGGGGUCUUUAUCUCGUCUAGUGAUGGCUCUGGAGUGGGGAGCUCUGGCUCUCGUCGUCGCCGCCGAAGGAAUCUUGCUACUCUUCGCGACAUUCCCAGGAUCUCACAAAUUUGUCAAGGGAAUCGUCGCCGUCCUGCGCAGCGCGCUCCAGCCGCUACUUUCGAUCGUCCCCUUCGCGCUCUUCUUGCUCCUGGAUCUGUACUGGAAGUAUGAGAAUCACCCGCGUUGCGAGGGGCCGUCGUGCACUAUCGUGGAGCGCGAGCACCACGCCAAAUCCCAGAUGAAGAGCCAGCGAAAUCUCCUCCUCGUCAUCGCCGCGCUCUUCCUCUAUUGGGUCCUCUACCGCGUCACCGCCAUGCUCGUCCGCAUCGAUCACCUCCAGCGCAAGACGAAGAUCCAGAAGGAUGGAGACGACGAGGACUCGGAUUGA